CCCUCAAUCAUGCCGUAACGUCAAAACAUGAAGAUAGUGGAUAUAUUGAGUAUUGUACAUUGGAAAACUAAGAAUUGAAUAGUUGGUCGGCAUAGUUACAGAUGGCAAAUACAUACAACGUGUUUGAAAUUGUACUCCACAACUACUAGAUUGCCUUAACCUCACUCCAGUCUUGCUGCUAAUUGUUGUAGGUUGCUGUUAUCAUUUAACAUUUCUGUACACACGUUAUUCUUCACGUUCCCUCAGCGCACUACGUACUCUCAGGGUAGGAGCAAACCGCCACGUGUUUGUAUCUCAUAAAAAGAUAUACUUCUGGAGCUAUUUUAACGAUCCGACUGAGUUGAACAUUAUACAUUCAAUGGCUGAAUCGUUAGCUCAAGCUGGAUUAUAUAUUGACGAUUUUUAUAAACUUCGAAUAGUUGAUCCUAGAGUCGCACAAGAAACAAACGAACUUAAGGAAGAAUGUGAAAAGUAUCUUUCAAAAAUGAACGACUUUAAGGUGAUUAUUGGAGAACUUUUCAACCUGAUCAGCUCUGUAGCUGAAAAAGUUGAAUCACAAAAGCUAAAAGCGAUUGGUUCAAGAAACCUACUUACCUCUAUGGAAAAGCAAAGAGACUUACAACAAAAACACUUGGAAUCCCAGAUAUUGGCCAAAAAGAAAGAUAUAGAUAGAUUGAAUAUUCAAUUACAAUCAUUACAAAAAGAAGAAGCUGAACAAACAGAGUUUAUUGAACGUUUUCUUAUGGGUCGUUAAAUUGUUCUUGAAAUUGUAUUGGUAUUGUAUAGUAUCUUUUAAAAAAUAAUAAUAAAUUUUAUGUACAAA